AUGAGACUGCUACGAGGAACAUCGCUGGCUCAGCUCGCCUUGUUCGCGAUAAACGCAGCAGCACAAGGUAAUGCGGACCUGCCAAACCUUGCGACGGCCGCGCCAGCUGGACCGACGAGUGCAGAAUCGAACACAGCAGCUCCACCUCCGCCUGCAGCAGCAACAACAGAUGCGGCACCUGCGAGUACUUCGAUUCCAGUGCAAUCAACGGGUGACAUCACAGGAAGUGGUACGACGGGCGCUUCGGUAGCAGCUUCAAGCAUUACGGGUGCGGCAACCGCAACAGAUGGAGGUGAACUGCCUACAGGACUACCCACACUGAGAGGGCAAUAUAGCGUCGUGCCAGCAUCGGUUCCACCAACACAAAAUGCUCCAUAUAUGCAAUCCUCACAUCUCCCCGAGGGAACCGUGUUCAUCGUGGUUGGUGCCAUUCUGGGCUUCAUGGCGAUGAGUGUUCUUCUCUGGCGUGCCAUGGUAGCAUGGUCUCUACAUCGCUCCGUCAAACGUGCGGCUAUGCAACAAAAUAUGUCAGAUAGUAAGGCACUAUUCCGUACUCCCGCAGCUCCAUUUUAUAAGGACCACCCCGAGCGAGAUUCUACCAUCAGUUUAUCUGGACUGGGAGCAAAAGGAGGGAAGAAAGGUGCUCGACCAACAACUGGUUCAGGUGCUGCUGCAAAUGCUAGUUCACUGUUCUUUUCCCCAACCGCCGGUGCAGCCGGAGGAGGACUCAACACCGUUGGAAACCGAGGGUCAAGUUACCUUCCAGCAGGCUACUAUGCAGCUGGGAAUUCCUCACCAGGAAAUUCACAAUCUCAUAUAUCUAUCGGGCAACACGGAUCUAACAUUUCCAUGUCGAAUUUGGGACCUACUUCAGGAAAUUACGGAAGGCCCUCGCCCCCUGAAAGUCCUUCAUUGAUCGGAAGUCGAGGGAAUAUGGCCUCGAGCAGUACAUUAAAUCUAACACAAGGGUAUAGCGGAGAGCAAAGAGCACCAAGUGCAUUUCUUGAGGAUCUCUUCGAUGGUGAAACUGGGCCCCCACUACCAGGCCACCACAGUAAUGGCAGCGGCGGAGCUCAUCGGUUCUAA